UCUUCCAGGACCUUGGUGGCGCCAGGCUCACCCAUGGCCAACAUUAUUCUCUUGCGGUGGCAUGGGACACCGCAGCUUGGUGUGUACCUGUCCCACUCUGCGCGGAGCCCUAGGUCCUGGGAUAGCUCCCCCUGACCUGCUGACGCACCCCGCCCUUCUCCCAGGCUCCCACGCCCUGCAGUGCUACAGCUUCGAGCACACCUACUUCGGGCCCUUCGACCUCAGCGCCGUGAAGCUCCCCAGCGUCUCCUGUCCUCACGGCUGCUCUGAGGUGGUCUUGUCACUGGAUACGGGUUACCGCAGCCUGGUGACAAUGGUCCAGAAGGGAUGCUGGACAGGCCCCACCACCGGCCCCAUGCAGACCAACCAGGAUGCUCUGCCUCCCGACUACGCGGUGGUCCGUGGUUGCGCCACUGACUACUGCAACACCGACCUCAAGACUCACGACGCCCUCCCCAACCUGAGCCAAGCGCCUAACCCACCGACGCUCAGUGGCACCGAGUGCUAUGCCUGCUUGGGGACCCACCCUGAAGACUGUUCCCCUGAGAAAUCCCGACGCGUCCAGUGCCACCAGGACCAGAGCGCCUGUUUUCAGGGCAACGGCCGGAUGACCAUUGGCAACUUCUCGGUGCCCGUGUACAUACGGACCUGCCACCGCCCCUCCUGCACCACCAUGGGUACCACCAGCCCCUGGACGUCCAUUGACCUGCAGGGUUACUGCUGCGAGGGUCACCUCUGCAACAGGGCCUCGGUGACACAGACCCUCCCUGGAGCCAUGUCCUCGGCCCCUUCCCAAGCUCCCCGAAUCCUGUCCCUGCUGAUCGCCGCUCCGCUACUGGCCGUCGCUCUGGGGGCGUCCGUCGGGCUCCCUGCAUAGACAGUGCCUCCAGGAUCGUUCCGCAUCUCAUCACUCCAGCCCCGGGUGUGGGCUCCCUUAAAAAUGACAUGAAAAUAAGAGCUGCACUCCUGUCCCUCCAGUCACAGCUCUCUUCCCUUCCCUUCUCUGUCCCUCCUUACUGCCACCAGCCCCACUUCUUGAAGCCCCAUCUAUCCAGGGCAUUGAAUGAGGUCCAGCCAGCUUUCAAUAGUGCCAUCCCCUGGUCACCAAGCCUUCAAUACACAGCCUUCUGUGACCCCUCACAGCAAACCAAACCACUCACCUUAAAAACCCACUUCUAGCCGGGCGGUGGUGGCUCACGCCUUUAAUCCCAGCACUUGGGAGGCAGAGGCAGGUGGAUUUCUGAGUUCGAGGCCAGCCUGGUCUACAGAGUGAGUUCCAGGAUAGCCAGGGCUACACAGAGAAACCCUGUCUCAAAAAAACCAUACACACACACACACACUAAAAAAAAAUCCACUUCUAGCAAGGAUCAUGGUAAUCCCAACCUAUCAUCCCAGUACCCAAGAGGCUGAGGCAGGAGGAUCACUACUUUAAGGCCAAGCUGGACAACACUGCAAGUUCAGGUACAGCCUGGACUACAAUGUGAUACCCUUUCAGGCACGGUGGCACACACCUUUUAUCUCAGCGCCACAGAGGCAGAGACAGGUCUGAGUUUGAAGUCAGCUUGAACUACAAAGUGAAUUCCAGGAAAGCCAAGACUACAUAGGGAGACCCUGUUUCAAAAGAAAGAAGGGGGGGAGGGACACACACCCACCCACCACCUUUCAGUCUCUCUUUCUAAAGCAGAAUUGAAAUCUAUAGUAUAACUCUGCAGUCCUUCUUGGGCCUAUCACCCUAACAGAAAUUGGGUCAUAUGCUCCCCCAAACUAUAUAGACCAGAAGGGCAGUUCCUAAUAACUACAAACUGGAAACAACCCAAAUAAGUAUGAAUAGCCAAAUGGAAUGAGGAGUAUGUAAUCUAGCCACACAAUGGAGUACUAUGCAGCAGUGGAAAAUGACAGCUGACAGUUGUCCGCAGUGGCCUUGAAAGAGUCUCACAAAAACAGUGUUGAGCAAAGUUGUUAAGACACACAGUAGAACAGGUCACGUGAUUCCGUUCAAACAAUGCAUGAAAGUCGCUAACAGUUAGUGUGAGCAAUUAGAAAAGAGAAGAGUGAUUAUCUUUUGGAAUAAGUGCCCAGAAGAGGAACUAUGGGGGCGUUUGGAGGUCUAGACAUUGAGUUAUGGGAGCUAAGAUCUCAGCGAUCCAUUUUUGCUUUUUUACCCCCAUUAAACUUUUUGUUGUUGUUUUGCUUUGAGAGAAAAGGUCUCACGUAGCUCAGGCUAGCCUCAACUCAUUUGCAUAACCUUGGAUCAUACUGAACUGAUCCCCUCGACCUAUCAGACAGAUGCUGGGAUUGCGUGUGGGACCCAUCACACCCGCCUUUUCUCGUCUUUCCACGUGUAUGUUAUUUGCAGUAAAAAAGUUUUA